AGCCGUGGCCGGAGAGAGGGCGGCGGUGAGCGCGGCGGGGCGGCCCCGGCGGCGGGCGCGGCACGGCCGGCGCCCCUCACCUGGAUGCGGGACUCGGGGAUCUGCGUGGCGUCGGCCAGUUUCUCCCGCAGGAGAAACUUCUUGUGCUUUUGUCUGUGCUGGGAGUGCCUCAGCACUGAAGCGUCUGUGCCAAGAGGAACUCACAAUACAAAAUGUGCCUGUACCUGCAAUAAAACAGCUUUAAGCUUCAACUGGAGAACAUCACUGCUGCCCGCUCUGAGCAUCCAGCAAGGCUUGUGUCUCAUGGUUAUUGAGAAAAGGAUCCAUAUGUGAAGCAAGUUUUGCUGCAAUGGUUCAAAACCAGAAGACAAUACACAGAACCAGAACUGUCCCAGUAUGGUUGGAUGCCUGUUACAAUAUGAACACAAACCCAUGAUCUUUCUCUGCUCUUGGUUGCCCUGGUGGCUGUUAAAAUCCACCAAGUUUUCCCUCUCUGAGUGGUACUGUCUGGACAAUCCUUCAUCUGGCUUCCCUGUGCUUCCCUGCUGCUUCUCAGGCAUGUGCCAAGAAAAAGAUGGCAAAGCCUUUCAUCCAACAUAUGAAGAAAAACUCAAACUUGUGGCACUGCACAAGCAGGUUCUGCUGGGACCUUACAACCCUGACACUUGCCCUGAAGUUGGAUUCUUUGAUGUGCUGGGCAAUGAUAGAAGGAAGGAAUGGGCCGCCCUUGGAAACAUGUCAAAGCAAAAAGCUAUGACAGAAUUUGUCAAGCUCCUACAUAGGUGCUGCCACUUGUUCUCAACGUAUGUCACUUCCCACAAGAUAGAGAAAGAAGAGCAAGAAAAGAAAAGGAGAGAAGAGGAGGAGCGAAGGCGGCGCGAGGAGGAGGAGCGGGAGCGGCUACAAAAGGAAGAAGAAAAACGGAGGCGAGAAGAGGAGGAGAGGCUGAGAAGGGAAGAGGAGGAGAGGAGGAGAAUAGAGGAGGAACGGCUUCGGAUGGAACAGCAGAAGCAGCAGAUCAUGGCAGCGCUGAACUCGCAGACGGCCGUGCAGUUCCAGCAGUACGCGGCCCAGCAGUACCCGGGCAACUUCGAGCAGCAGCAGAUCCUCAUCCGCCAGCUCCAGGAGCAGCACUACCAGCAGUACAUGCAGCAGCUCUACCAGGUCCAGCUGGCACAGCAGCAGGCAGCCUUACAGAAGCAGCAGGAUGCAGCGGUGGCAGCAACGGGGACACCCCUGACUACUGCAUCAAAGGUGAACAGCCCUGCCCCAGGGGACACCCCAUCCAUCAAUGGGCAGGCCAGUGCACAUGCAGACAGCCCUGAAAAAGAGCUGGAUCCAGAGGUGUUGGAAGAAGCACUGGAGAAUGGACCAAAAGAUUCUGUCCCAGUGAUUGCUGCCCCAUCCAUGUGGACACGACCCCAGAUCAAAGACUUCAAGGAAAAAAUCCGUCAGGACGCAGACUCUGUGAUCACAGUGGGCCGAGGAGAAGUGGUUACAGUCAGAGUCCCAACUCAUGAAGAGGGGUCUUACCUCUUUUGGGAGUUUGCUACAGACAAUUAUGACAUUGGUUUUGGGGUGUAUUUUGAAUGGACAGACUCCCCUAAUACUGCAGUCAGUGUGCAUGUCAGCGAGUCCAGUGAUGAUGAGGAGGAAGAGGAAGAAAAUACUAGCAGUGAAGAAAAAGCCAAAAAGAAUGCCAACAAGCCUCAGCUAGAUGAAAUAGUGCCUGUGUACAGACGAGACUGUCACGAAGAAGUGUAUGCUGGCAGCCACCAGUACCCAGGGAGAGGAGUUUAUCUUCUUAAAUUUGACAACUCCUACUCUCUAUGGAGGUCAAAAACAGUUUACUACAGAGUUUAUUAUACUAGAUAAAGGUGUGGCUGUGUCUGAGGCUGGGCUGUGCAGAAGAUGUCAUUUUAUUUGGAAUUUUCUUCAAGCAUAAUGGAUCCUUUUGAGUCUGUGUUUCAUCCUGUCUGUAUCUGUAUGGUUUGUGUGAACUUUUAACAAGUAGACACUGGGAUCUUCCUGCUCCAUGACACUAAUGCAUAUUGCAUUGGGCUUAACACAGGAUCUCCCUAACCUUUUUGGGGAUUGGAGUCAUUGGCUCCAGUGCUGAGGUCACAUCCAUUGCACUUGUUAAAGCCUCAUGAAAAAGGGGGAGGGAGUUGCUGGCUCACUGGCUGGGUGAUCUGACGUUUCCAGGUCUGGAUGCCUUCAAUGACUCGUUGAUGGUUAAUUUAAAGGUCCCAUCAGUAACUGGUAGAUUUGGAUGCAGUUUGCUGUGUAGCAAGUUUCUCUUAACUGUAAUUGAAUGUCAGAUUUUUUACACCAUUAAAACUUGAAACUUUAAGUUUAUGCAGUUUAGAAACAAGUUGUCUCACUUCUGUCCUCAUCAAAUAAGAAACAUUCAGUUCCUUAAACCAGUGUAGUGUGCAAGACAAGGAUGAACAACGUCCUGAAGGUACAGCAAAUAACCUCUUCUGAAGGCACAACUGAAUGGUGUUUAAAAGUACGUGUAACAAGAAGAACCUUAAUCUCUGCCCCACUGAUAACCCUAGAAUAAAAGUCAUAUUUUGAUGCAAUUGGCUUUGAACAGGACACAGACUGCUCCUGAGUGUAAUGGGGUUUUUAAUGGGGUAGACUAAAAAAAAAAUACAAGGCUACAAACUUGAAACCAGUUUUGUAAGACCAGAAUAUGCAUCUGGAGAGCAGUCAGUCACUUUGGUAGAGUAUAGGAGUUAAUGUUGCACUAAUGAUGGAGAUCACUGCCACUCCUUUUUAGUCUGAACUGGUGAUAGUGGGGUGCAAACUUUCUGCUUUAAUUCGUAGCUGUGGGCAGAAAGGCCAGGUGCACAUACAGAUGCUUAAGGUAGCUUUAAUCUCAAUUUCACAUGGUCUGGUUGGGGCAUUUUGUGUUUCUAAAGUGAAAAAACAUGCAGGUGUCCCUUGGCUUGAGGCUGCAGUGAGAAUGCGCUCCCCCAGAGCCCAGGGGUUGCAAUAAUGACUUGUGCCAGUGCUCUCUGCAUGGGUGAUGCACCUUGUUCUGAAAGGAAAGGGUUGCUGUGGGUCUCAGAGCAGUCAGGCUUCCAUGGAUCAGCUGCAGCAUGUGCAGUUCCACAGCAAAUGAAGCCGAGUUGGCAGGGUUUGUGUGAAGGUCAGUUUGUACAUACAUGAUACUUUACUUUUCUCAUACCAACCACGGAGAUACUUCUCCUAGAGUGCUUAACUUGUCAUCUUGCUUUUUGGGUCAGCAACACCGUACCAGCUUACAGCUAGUUAGUGCUGCUUUAUCCAAAAACACUGUACAAUGUUCUGCUCUUGUGUACAUACAGUAUAUAAACCAUGAAUUUAGAAAGUACCUUGCUUUUAAAGAAAACUGUAUUUAAUGUAAAAAAAAAGAAAAACAGCAAAAAAAAAAAAACCUUUGAAAAAGGCAGGCACUAAUAUAUUUCUUCUGGUCUUCAAAUUACUUUUUUUUUUGUCCAUACAAAAAUGUUACAACUUCUUCCUUUAAGAAUAUCUGUUCUUGGGAGCGGUGUUUGUUGCUUUAAAUGGCAGCACUUACUGUCAUGUGUUGGAUGCUAGAACUUCUACGUUUUCAGACUUUUUUUUAUUGCCUCUGGCUGUUGAUAGUACAGUACAAGUGCGAUUUCAAGAUACCUUGAGAUAGUAUUUAAUCCUAAUUAAAAGACAUUUAUCUGUAA